AUGGCGACCCUCAGUACUUUUGCCCCCCGGCCUCAGGGGUCCCAGUCGGAGCCACCGGAACCCGGCGGGCGCGCAGGGAGAGGGCGGAUUGGUGGAGAGCCGGGAGAGGGGCGGGGCUUGCGGGUGGGAGCGGCUGGUGAUUGGAUGAAAGCAAAGGGCAGAGGGGCUGGACCUCCGAGGGCGGGGGCGGAAGAGCCGGAAGGAGGCGGAGCCUCGGGGGACGCUGGGAGUCGGAUUGGCGGAGAGGUCAACGCCCUGGAUGGCUACAACCGAACGGCCCUUCACUACGCGGCGGAAAAGGACGAAACCUGCGUGGAAAUCCUCCUGGAGUACGGGGCCAACCCCAACGCGCUGGAUGGCAACAAGGACACGCCGCUCCACUGGGCAGCCUUCAAGAACAACGCCGAGUGCGUGCGGGCGCUGCUGGAGAACGGCGCCUUGGUCAACGCCCGCGACUACAACAACGACACCCCGCUCAGCUGGGCGGCCAUGAAGGGUAACCUGGAGAGCGUGAGCAUCCUGCUCGACUUCGGGGCCGAGGUUCGGGUGGUUAAUUUGAAAGGCCAAACCCCCAUCUCGCGUUUGGUGGCGUUGCUGGUUCGGGGCUUGGGUACGGAACGGGAGGAUUCCUGCUUCGAUCUUCUCCAUCGAGCUAUCGGACAUUUUGAGCUGAGAAAAAACGGCAGCAUGCCCUGGGAGGUGACGAGGGAUCAGCAGCUCUGUGAAAAGCUCACCCUGCUCUGCUCGGCCCCCGGUACCUUACAGACCCUGUCACGUUACGCCGUACGCCGCAGCCUGGGCGUCCGGUUCCUGCCCGAGGCGGUGAAGCAGCUGCCCCUGCCCACCUCCCUGAAGGAGUACGUGCUUCUCCUCAGCUGAGCGCAGGACGAGGCGCCGGGGCUCUUCCUCACCACUUCCUCACAGCAAGCACCGGGAAACGAGGUUGACCCUUGGGUGUGGGACUCUUGGGUGCCCGGAGUCCCCUCCCCGGUCGCCGUCCCGGUUUCCAUCCUGCUGCGCUCGGAGCCGGCGCGGGGCAGCGGGGACCCACUGGUGCUGCUCGGUGCAGCUCCUCCCACGUGCUCACCCCUCGAUUUCGGCCUUGUGAGAUGAGCAAGCCCCCUUGAACAGCAAAUUAUAUCCCAGCUGUUGGAUUAACCUAUUUUUUUCCCCCUUUUUUUUUUGUGUGUGUACGUCGGGGCUGACCUUGGGGAAAGGAAGGCUUUGUAGGUGCAGGGAGAGCAGGGAAACGCUCUUUCUUUGAAGGACCUGUGAUAGGAAAUCAAGAAGUCCUGUGGGAUGCAUCGGCUGGAAUUCUGGUGGAAAAAAACCCACCCCAAGCCCCUGUAGCGACCCCCUGAGUGGUGUAGCACUGCGGGCUGACACCUUUGCUUGGCACCAACACCCCGACACACCCGCAGCGCCCCACAGACGGGGCAGCGCUUGUGUGUCCGCACCUCCCGGUGCAGA